AUGGCCAGCUCGGCGUCCCUGGAGACCAUGGUGCCCCCCGCCUGCCCACGCGCCGGAGCGUCGCCGGCCACUUCCAAGACGUUGGCCUUCUCCAUAGAGCGCAUCAUGGCCAAGACGUCGGAGCCCCGCGCGCCCUUCGAACCCCGGCCGGGGGCGCUGGAAGCGGAUGGCAGCCAGGGCAAGAAGCUCCUCAACCUGUGCUCGCCGCUGCCCUGCAUGAUCCCGCUGCAGCCCCUGGGCUACGAGGUGCCGUCCAAGGCGCUGCUCAGCUACUCGGAGCUCUGGAAGGGCAGCCUGCGCGCGGGCGCCGGGGCCCCGGUGUGCGGCGCCAGCGGCCUGUGCAAAACCAACUGUGGCGUGUGUUGCAAAGCCGAGCUGGGUCUGGCGCCCGGCGCGCUGCCCGCCGGCCGGGUCAUCAAGCCGCAGGCCAUCAACCAGGCCGUGGGGCUGCCGGCCGCCGGCUCACUCUACUACUUCAACUACCUGGACUCGGCCUCCUACCCACCCUCCGAGCUGCUGCGCGGCCACCUCUUCCCGGCCGGCCUCGGCGCGCAGGCCCCCGGCGCCCUGGCCGCGCACCCCAAGCUCUUCCUGCUGGAAAACGCCAAGCUGGCGGGCCUGGCGGCCGACAAGUUCCCUCACGCGCCCCCGUACCCCCACAAGGAGCGCCUGGGAGCCCCGCUCGAGCAGGUGCUGAAGGAGAACUCGGGCCUGAGCACGGAGCGCGGCGUCGUCAAGGGCCACAGCAAGCUGCCCGGAGGCUCCGCGGAUGGCAAGCCCAAGAACUUCACCUGCGAGGUGUGCGGCAAGGUGUUUAACGCCCACUAUAACCUCACCCGCCACAUGCCGGUCCACACCGGAGCCAGGCCGUUCGUGUGCAAAGUCUGUGGCAAAGGUUUCCGCCAGGCCAGCACGCUCUGCAGACACAAAAUUAUCCACACCCAGGAAAAGCCGCAUAAAUGCAACCAGUGCGGCAAAGCCUUCAACCGCAGCUCCACGCUCAACACGCACAUCCGCAUCCACGCCGGCUACAAGCCCUUCGUCUGUGAAUUCUGCGGCAAAGGCUUCCACCAAAAAGGGAACUACAAGAACCAUAAGCUGACGCACAGCGGCGAGAAGCAGUACAAAUGCACCAUCUGCAACAAGGCCUUCCACCAGGUCUACAACCUGACCUUUCACAUGCACACCCACAACGACAAGAAGCCUUUCACGUGCGCCACGUGCGGCAAGGGGUUUUGCAGAAACUUUGACUUAAAGAAACACGUGCGCAAACUCCACGACAGCGUGGGGCCUGCCACCCCCUCGCCCAAGGACCUGGCUCGGACGGUGCAGAGCUGA